GGCCUAAUAGUGCGUAGGACUUCACCGCAGGGAUCGUGCCUGUUGCUGGAGUAGAAGUGGUGUAUGGCUGUGUCAUUGUUCUUCUCAACACCUAUGAUGGUUGCCAUGUAUACACCAUACAAUGGAUGUAUGGUGUCACGAACUUCUUUUGGAAUCCUUCCAGCCUCUCUUCAUGUCCAAGCUUCAGGAAUUCCUCCAACCACAGUUUUCCCUAGCAAAAUACGAUUGUUUGCUGAAAAGAUGGAGUGUGGCUCUUCUGCUCCUCCAGCUGCUGCCUAGUCUCCCUCUCCUGAUCCUCCACUCUCCUGAGUUCCUCCUGAUAUAUUUUGUGCUGAAUUUUACGCAUCAUUAUCGAACUUUUCAUAUGUACCUCGUUCCUCUUCCUGUAAUCCCCUCACUUGUAUCAUUU